UACAUUUAAUUACGGUAGCGAGGUUUUGUGGAAUGGCUGCCAAAUUUUAACUGAAGUGGAAUUAAAAUUAUUGUAGGAUAUUCUACGGAUUACUUCAAAGGAUUUGUUCUGCUCAAGUUGUGAUCGUCUGCUGCAGUUGAGAUCAUCUGUUCUAGAUACAUUCAAAGGAUUUUGAAUAAAGGAAACAAUUCAAAGACGAUUAAAAUAGACAUCGCUUCCAGUGUUUGAAUAUUCCUACUUUCUAGUUGGCAGUUUAUAAUAGAUACAAAUACGACAAAUGAUAUCCAGAAACCUUAGUACGAGAAUUAGUUGAUGAACUUAUCAAGUUUUAUUCUUGAGGAUUUAAUGAAAUAUCAAGUUACGGAUUAUCACACAAACAGUGGCUGAGUAGCUUCAACCAGGAUUGUCUUAGACUUACAUAGUCUAAUAAUUGUAAUGAACUCUGACCUCUGAUGGUCAAAAUCUCAGCACAACGACAGACGUUGUCAUGGAAACCUUCGAGUACAGUGGUGACGUCCGGUCGCAAGGUGAAGACGACCCACUGCACCAGAGGCUGUGUCUUCACUCCAGCGGUGCUGGUGACCAGCACUACCCGAGUCUGGACAACGAACAGCUGCAUUGCAGCUUCUUCCCACACCAUCUCCAACUUCGCUUCCCAGCGACCUACAUCAGCAACGAACCCUCGUGUACCAGGCAGCAAAACCUACAGCAGCAGAUUCACCAGCAUCACGUGACCAAAUCCCGCCAAAAGACAUUCGCCCAGAGACUCCUCCCAUAUCAUUCAGUAUUCCCGGGACUAUUUAAAUUUGUUCAGAGACAGACUUUGUUGGUCCUUGUGACCAUGUUUGGAAUUAUUCUUACCGGUGUUCAAUGUCAACAGAUGAGAUUUGUUGUGCAGCCCUUCAAUCGGUCAGUAGCUGAAGGCUGGACGGCUGUCUUGAACUGUACGGUGGCCAACAGGGAAGGAACUGUAACUUGGACCAAAGGCGGUUUUGGGUUGGGAGUGGAGAGACAUUUACCUGGCUUUGACCGCUACUCCAUGAUUGGAUCAGAGGAAAGAGGUGAAUAUAAUCUUCAAAUUCAAGAUGUCACCAUUGAUGAUGAAGACAAUUUUGAGUGUCAGGUGGGGCCUUCUACUAAGUACCCCACAGGUCUGCGAAGCCAGCCAGCAUACUUAUCUGUGAUUGUGCCCCCUGAGAGACCAUCUAUUAUCAAUGCUCCUACCAUUGCUGUAGUGUUGAAUAGACCAAGCAACAUAACAUGCAGAGCUGACAGAGGUAAGCCUGCAGCCCAGAUCACCUGGCACUUAAACUCUCAGAGAUUGACCCAUGGGGUCAAUGUCUACACUCAGAUGAAUGGAAAAUACAUAGACACUAUAGGUGUACUGUCCUUUAAUGCCACAAUGGCAGACCUUGGUCAGACGAUUGAAUGUCAGGCUAUCACUGAGUUCAUGGAGACUCCAUUCAGGACCAGCGCCAAGUUGAAUGUUUACUUUCCUCCAAUAUUGAACAUGACCUUGAAUGUGACCUCCAGAAACAUCCGGGAACACGAUUACAUCAAGUUUUGGUGUCAAGGCCAAGCCAACCCUAACAGUGUCACUUGGAAAUGGUACCUGGAUGGAGAGAUCAUCCCUGGAGCAAACAGCAAUGUGUAUCAUAUUCAUGCCAUUACACCAGAGUACAACAAGAAGAAGUUGGCUUGUGAGGCCACCAACAUUGUGGACAGUGUCAGACUGGAGAAACUUUUGAUAGUCGAAUAUGGACCAAGGAUAACUGACAUUACAGAUGUCGUCGGUGCAGAUCUUGGAGGCUCAGCAGAAUUGCGCUGUACAGCAGAUGGGAAUCCAGAGCCUAGUGUCAUUUGGCGGCGCAAGGACAGGGCAAACCUUUCCCACAGGACACUGUCCACUAAAAGUGUUUACCGUAUUGAAGAAGUCAACACCCAGAGCUUUGGAUUCUAUGAGUGUAUAGCAUCAGUUAUUAGCUUUCCAGAAGUUAGUAAGGAGACUUUACUUUGGAGAAAUGAGAAACCUGAAAUGAAGAGUGUCAAGCAGCAGUCGGCUAGUGAAGGCGAGAAAGGGAAGCUGGAAUGUCUGGCCAGGUCAAUUCCCAAACCCAUUUCUGUGAUCUGGACCAAAGAUGGGAGAGAGAUCAACUAUGCAUUGUCUGGCAGGUUCUCUGUGGAAAAGAAAGAUCUUGGUCAGCAUGUUCAGAGUAUUCUUCACAUCCAGGUGGUGGAGUCUGGGGAUUUUGGUUUGUACAACUGUACCAUAGAGAAUGAUAAAGGAGUGUCUUCUGAGCAGGUGGAACUCAUUGAAAAGCAUGUGCUACCUAUUACUUACAUCAUUAUUGGCAUCAUUGGAGGUCUAGCCUUCAUCUUUGUGACCGCUCUGGUCUGUGUUCUCUACAGGCGCUGCAAGAAAGAGGACCAAGGUAGUGUGUUAGCCUCGCCUCCUCCUCCUGCCGCUACAGGUUCCUACACCGACACAGACAGCUCAUCGGACAAGAAAAGGGAAAAAGCAGAUUCACCAAACACCUUGAUGGGGCAGCUUCGUCAGGAAUACAGGUUCUCUGCUGACUAUGACGACAUGCCAUACAAGACGCUCACAACAAUAACUCCCAUCCUCCUUCAUUUUGUUACUCAGACGGCCAAUGAGGAAGGCAAAAGGGACAGUCACUCACUCCUUACAUGGGCGACAUGUAGAAAAUGGAGACAGGUUUCAUCUUCGGACCAACAAACAAAGGGGAACAACAAUGGAUACGGUUUUAUAGAGCCGUGUGAAACUUACUCAGAUACUCAAAUUUAUGACGGGGACUAUGUUCGUAGAGGGGAGGACCUGAUCCCAGACAGACUUGACCCACUUUACAAUACAGGGACUGGCUAUAGUAUGAGUAGUUUCAGGGGCAACUACUAUGACACCACUCCACCGCCUACAAUGACUAGAUUAACUCCCCUGCAUAUGAGCAAUACAAAACUGGCUACAGAUGUAUAGGUCAGGGGGAUACACCAAACACAUCAAUUAGGAGGAACCUUUUAGUUUUUCAUUGAUUUCUGUUCAAAUGUCAAAUCAAAUCACUGGAAUUAAAGGUCAACAUAUGUACAUAGAUUAUCUUAUUUGUUUAGAAUGUUUUCAUUAUCCCUGAUAUUUGUGUGCAUCAUUCAUUCUUCUAUAGCCUAUUAUAAAAAUAUAACAUACACCAUGUUUAGAAAGAUAUUUGAAAUCAAUGGCAAUUAAGACCUUGACCUAAGGCAAAUGAAAGUGAGAUUUAAAUGAUUUCUAAGCUAGAGAGUGUCAGCUGAUUGAUAGUGUUUUUUAGUGCUAACAGAGAGUGUCAGCUGAUUGAUAGUGUUUUUUAGUGCUAACAGAGAGUGUCAGCUGAUUUAUAUUGUUGUUUCGUGCUAAGGUCAGCCAGGUGUCUCUUCCUCCCACCAACAUAUUUUCUUGUUACUCAAGAACUCUUGCCUUCCUAAAGUUUUGAAACACCAGUGCAAUCAUCUUAUCUUCUAUUGGGUGCUGAUCCUGUGUCCAAUGUUAAGUCUAGCUUAACAAAUAUCUCUAUGUCCUGCUUGUCAUGCCUAAUUUUCUCAGAUACAUCAAUUGUAAGCUAUCUAUAUUAUUAUUUGGUGUGAUGUGAUGCUGGUUGAUAUAUUCUUAGUUUCAUACUUUUAAAUGUAAGUCAAAAUGUUGUUUCUUUUAUUCACUAUCAAUACAAAAAAAUGUGUCCAUUGAAUGAACAUUUGAGCAGAUGUAUCAUUUUCUUGAACCCACCUUUAGUGUUAUUUAAAGAUUGCUUUUUCUAGACCCCAUUAGAGACCUCUUGCCUCCUUCUCUCCCUCUACACCAUGAUGGACCCGCUACACCCCUCUUGUAAUAUCAGCACCUAGUUUUUAUAACCUGUGUAACCAAGACACAACUCCCCGCCCCCUCUUCUACUCUACCAAUGUGUCUUAAAAUAUUAGAGACAGUUUGUUGAUCAGUUAUCUCACUUUAGAACUUUUGCAAUUUUAUAAAAUAUAUUCAUGAAAAAAAUAUGUAAUUUUAAUGUAAUUAUGUCUAGAUGUGUAUGCAUGUGUAAGAUAUGUGAUAUAUGUAUGUAUGAUGUGAACAUGUAUGUGGUAUGUGGUUAUUUAUAUGAUUUAUAUGGAAUUCAACUGUACGUGAUAUAUUAAUAAAUGUAUGUGAUAUAUGCAUAUACAAGUGUAAGUACCUAUGACAUACAUGAAUAUGAUGGUUAUUUUCAUACAAAAUCCUGAGUUUUCUAAACUUUGUUCAUGUCAAAAAUUUUUUUAUGUAUUUGUAUGCAUUUUAUAAACUUCAAUUAAAUCUAGUGUGUGUGUGUGUGUUUUAGUCAAUAAUGUGAUCUCCCCAUUGAUCAGCAGGUGGAGAUGUGGAGAAACAUUUGCUAUGUUUGAUGUAAGCUGUUCAUUCAUGAAUGAACUUAUUAUUUAUUUCUUAUGUUUAUAUUCUAUGAUAAGAUGUGAGAUAGAAUCAAUACUCAUUUCACAGAGUUAUGAAUGUCCUAUCAAUAACAAUGGGACACUUGUUAUAACAAUACUUUGAUUUCACAAUUGUUUAUUAGAUCAUUCAAACAGAUUAACUCAUGUUUCAUUUUCAUGUUUCAUUUUUAGAAACUACCUUGAAGAAUUCAAGUGGUAAUUCUGUUUUCAAAAUAAAAAUGUAACCAGUUAGUAGCUAAGUAGUAGACAGUGGUUGCAUGAAAUGGGCACCUGCUUGUGACAAUUGUGUGCAAGUAAAAAACUUUGUCUAUUUGACUUGUAUGCAUUCAACUUAAUGUGUAGACAUUGAAAUAAUAUAAAGUGGAACAUGAACAAAUGGUGAUGUAUUAGAAUGUCAGCUCACAGUCUUUGUAGAUAUAUAUACAUAGGAUAGUGCUAUAUGCAUCUGAUAUUUUGUUUCCUUUAAUGUGUGGAGAGCAUUUUGAACAAGUUCAGAUUUCCUUUAUUUAGAUCCAUGUGUGAGUGACUCAAGAUUUGUUUCAACAUUGUUGCUUGCUCUUGUUGUAUAUAAUGAAUGUAUUUCCAACAAGCAAUAAAUAGAACUGGGGGUCAGGUUGUGAUAAGAAAAGUGGAUGAUUUGUAAUUUAUUCAAUCCGACAUCAUUUCUCAUGUUUCUGGUGAUACAACAUUUUAAAUCUGUGCUGGAAAUAGCUGGUUAUUUGUUUUGUCUUGUUUUUAAGUUUGGACCAGCAUGUGUGGGUAAUGAUAAAGAUUUGUGCACUCUGCACAGUCCACCAACAGUUGAAAACACCCUCAACCCACAAACAGUUCUUUAAGAAAUAGUGUGUUUGUUUGUUUUUUUCAUCAAGUGAACAGUUUCUUGUACCCUUGUUUUCUUUCAUAUGAAAAUAUAGUUUUGAAUUUCAAUUUUGUCAUUAAUGGAAUUAUUAGAGUUUGUCCAUCGUGGUUAGAUGAUGACCAGCUUUUGUCAUCCAGGGGGCUGAGGGCUUUGCACUGGAGUUUUUGUGGCUCUUCAUGUGACUGUUGAGACCUAUAUGAGCCCCAAAUGUUUGCCUGUACACUAGGCAGUUUCUUUUCAUCACGCCAACAGUCCCUUUUACCAUUUGUUUUCUUUCACAUGGAAAUGUAGUUUUGAAUAUAAAUAUUACAAUGACAUCUAGCUUUCUGUUUCAGCUGUCACAAAAAAUCUUCCUGUAACAUUGGCAAAUUGUUACAUUUUAAUUUUAUAAUAUAAGCUGUUUCUGUUAAUUGGUUACCAUGGCAACAGUAUUUUUACAACUUUUUUUUCUCUAUGAAUUCUAUGAUGAGUGUGUGUGUGUGUGUGGGUUAGUCUCAUUGAUGUUAUUUACAAUACUUUAUUUCCUGACCAAAAGUAUCUCUAAGAGAGAUGUCUAAUAAUGUCUAAUUAAGUCAAAAUACAAGUUCAGUAACUUAGAAUAGAAUCAAUCAUCUGUUUAGGAACAUGUGCAAUUAAAUUUUAAAGAGUGAAUUUCGUUUUAUAAGUCUAAUGCGGUCAGAUGCAAAAAUAAAAACUAAAAUUAUUUUUAUCUUUUAGACAUUCUUUAAAAAAAAAGUAAUAUAAAAAUAUUUUAAACCUAGUUUCAAGAGAAAUGGAAAGAUGAGGUAUAUAUUUGACAUAUAAAUCUAAUAAAAAUAUAGAUCGAAGAUAUUUCUAUUUAUAAUAUUAUAGACCUUAUCUACAUACUGUUUCUGGAUAUUCAACUUCAUUGUUCAAAUGUCUUGUUUCUCUAAUGGGGACUGAAAACUUGGAUACUUUAUACAUUUUGUUGGUCAAGUUUUUGAAUCUGACAGUAGUUAGAGCACUAAAUUAUUUUUUUGGAAAUUCUAUGUCAUUAAUAGUAAUCACAAAUGUCAUGUCAUAAUGAAUUCUGUGUUUCAUACACCUGCCAUAAAGUAAUACAUUUGUUUGAACUUAUAA